GUGGCUGUAAGCGAUACUGCUUUCAGCCUGUGAGGAGGAAGUUAUAAUAGCCACAGCGUUUACACCUCAUAAUCAUAAUAAGGGCGACAUGUCUAAAGAUGGGACUAAGCUUUUGUUUGAGGGCUACUUGCAGAAAAGAAAAGAUACCAUGAAAAUAAAAUGGGCGACGUACUGGUUCAGGCUUCAAAAUACAACCUUGUUCUUCUAUACAAAGAAGAAUGGCAGCGCUUCACACUUGAGAGGCAAUUACUACAUUUACACAAUGCAGACAGUGCGAGAGAUUCAGAAAGCUGACAGCAGGCGCUUUAUGUUCGAGAUAAUCAUGACCAAUGGAAAGAGAAAGAUGUUGGCGGCUGAGACAGCAGCUCUUAGACAGCAGUGGAUAGGAUACCUGUGGCAAGCCAUGCAUCUUUCUACCUCGGGGGUCUUGAACUCCAGAAGCACACAACUUGAAGUGCGCGACAGGAUAAAAAGCAGCCUACCCGUCAGCUCACACAGUGAUAGCGUGACAGAGUCACUGCCUGCUCGGCCACUCUCUGCCCCUGUGCCUGCCCCUGUAAACCACAUCGACCAUCAGAUUAUUUCCCCCAACUUCCUUUCAGAGGAACUGAACAGAGAGAUCACUUACGAAAACACACUUCCAGCCUGCAGUUACCAGCAGCACAGUGGUGACAGUCUCAACAGUCCUCAUUGUUCCAGUGAGUGGAGCAAUGAAGAGAGACAAGAAGGAGACUAUGACGUUUUACCAAUAAGAAAUAAGAUAUGCGAGAUCAGCGCUUCAACAGAGACGGUCGAGGACGUGUAUGAUGUUCCUGUUUCUUGCAGGAGAGCUGCUGAACAUCCAGAGAGCAUCUAUGAUGUACCGAGCGCUCUUUUGAGGAUGUUGCCUGAUUCCGCUUCAGCUUGCAGCUCAGAGGAGCAGGAGGAGGACAGCAUCUACUGGAGGAUAUGAGGUCCAGUUUAAGGACAAACUGAUAAAACUGGAUGGUAGCAGCAGCAGCAGCAGCAGCAGCAGCAGCAGCCGCCCCCUUUGAUUUGAGACUGUUGCUGCCUGAGAUCUGUAACGUUGUGCUUAAUUCUCUUAAGUUUGAGUGACACGUGCAUGCAACUGAUAUAUAUAUAUAUACAUAGUCAACUUGCACACCACAACAAAGAGGUUCAACUCUGAUAUUUAUUUCAGCUCCUUGUAUACAAGAUUGAAAACCACAUCUGUAGUCAUAGACGAUACGCUGUACAGAAAUAUCUACAUAUCACGCACUGCCGGUCUGUCACGCCAUGGUUUACAAUAAUAAAAUAACUCAUUUACAUGUCA